UUUUCGUUCGGCUAAUCGAGCGUGUACGUUGCUGUGAUAAAUAAAUUUAUAUAUCGCAGCCAUGGUGCGUAUGAACGUUCUUAGCGAUGCUCUUAAAGCUAUUAACAACGCUGAAAAGCGUGGAAAGAGACAGGUAUUGUUAAGGCCCUGCUCAAAAGUAAUCAUUAAAUUUUUGACUGUAAUGAUGAGAAAAGGAUACAUAGGAGAAUUCGAAAUUGUUGAUGAUCAUCGUAGUGGUAAAGUUGUUGUAAAUCUUAGUGGAAGACUGAACAAGUGUGGUGUAAUUUCACCUAGAUUUGAUGUACCAAUUAAUGAUAUUGAAAAAUGGACUAACAACCUGUUGCCAUCUCGACAAUUUGGAUAUGUUGUGCUAACCACAAGUGGAGGAAUUAUGGAUCAUGAAGAAGCUAGAAGAAAACAUCUUGGAGGAAAAAUACUUGGAUUCUUCUUUUAAUGAUUAUUUAA